UAGGCCUAGAAAAUAAGUCCGUUUUCUGUAAAUGUGAGCUACCGUGUAGAUAUGUAAACAAAAAACCCCCCGUUCGCUCGCAAACGCUGCUAACGCUCGCUUGAAAACAAUAAUUUGCUUGAACUGCGCACCAACACCAUCAUGCGCAAUCACUUCCGCUUGCUGCGAAAAAAUAGUCUGUGGCUGCCAGUGAACGAACAAGACGUGUGGUGGAGAAGCUCCACGCUGUGUGUCGAUCGGUUUACUGCGUGGACGGCGAAUCUGUCCGGUCGUCGAAACCGCGUGAGCGGAGAGAAACCCGCCGCCGGGGAUAAUAUCCGUUCCCGCACCCCCGAACAUCGCGACUUCACGACGUCGGCUUCGUUGAACCGCAGAUUGGGCCGGCCAAAUAGGAUUCGCUUCCAGAAAAACUCCACACGAAAAGCCACAACAUCCUGCUGCAGCGGUAAUUCCGGCGUGUUGGCCAACCAGCAAGGUCACGGCAAACGGAUCCCGCAUCGAAGAACAAGCCUGACAAAUUUGGGCACGGACGGAACAAAGACCGGCGGGAAAGAAAGACGCUCGACGGAGCGAAACACCAGUAGCACGACGAGCACGCGCGCAGGAGGACCCGAAUCGCAACGAAGAACCACAGAUCAGCGCGAUUCCGGCAGCAGACACGGGACGCAAGAGAAGCCCAGAGGUGCGAUUAAAAGCAGGAGCAGCCGCCAGAAGAUACACCGGCAUCGGCAGCUCACGACUCCCACAUCAUCGGGCUCGGCCCGAACGGAAUCCGCGCGGAAGAAGACGCAAAAAAGGCCCCAAAAAGGGGCCUUUUGUGUGGAGUUUUCGCUCGACGGGCGCAGCAUCGCACGGAGCAAGUGUCACAUAAGCUAGAGAUAGGCACAUUUCCUUUAAUAUUCCGAUUAGUAUUUACUAAAUCAUGUAACUCAAUCUCCAACAUAAUAAAUUCUAUUGAUUACUGUGUUUUACUUAAUCUGUGUUUUCAGUAACUGUGUUAAACUGUGUUAUCAGUAACUCCUAGCAAUGUUUGAAUAAAGUGACAAAAUCUCCAACAAUUUAACACUGAA